AUGACUUCCAAGAAAAGCAAGCGCCAUGCCGAAGAAUUCUUGGACUCCCUGGAAGAAGAUGAGAUUAAUCUUGCACUUCGGCAGGCGGAGGCACGACGGUUCGGAAAUGCUAACCACACCGCGGUGUUGUGGGAGGAAGUUCUAAAUUCUCCAGAGGUACACUGCUGCGAGCGCCAAGAAAAUGGCGCGGUUACGUACCUGUUCGUGAAGCACCCAUUGAACAGGCAGGAUGCCCGUGUCAACUGCCAACGGUUCCGCGGAGAUCUAGCCAGCCCGCGGAAUAUGCAGGAAUUCAUCGCCCUGGAGAAUUUCCUCCGUCCAUUGGUAACAGGAAGAUGCUUCUUGCAAUAUAACGACAUGAAAACGGAGGGGAAAUUUGUUGAUAGCCGCGACCAGUAUGCUGUGAUCAAUAACUUUGAUGUGGGUGAACCAAACAACGUGGGCCCGAGCGGCGAAGACUGUGUGGAAAUUACAGCUAGCACAGGCCUGUUGAACGACAUUAGCUGCCAGGAGGAACGCCAUUCUAUCUGCGAGUUUAGGAUGAAAUAA